AUGAUGUUUUCAGGUGACGGAUUUCUGACGGAUAAAACUUCAACUAAUACAAAUCAAAGUCAAACACAUGUCUUUACAUCUUUUCCAAAUUCUGCUAUGGAUCCCGAUGAUGAACGUUUUGGAAAUCAAUCUAUGAAUUCAAAUAAUGUAGAAAGAAAUUUACUUCCAUUGCCAGCUACUGCAAAUGAAGAAAAAUCUGAACAGCUUCAUGUAUGGCAAAUUGAAUAUUAUCAAAAAUAUUUUCAAAUUGAUACACAACAAGUCCUUGAACGUUUAGUUGGUUCUGUAACACCACGACCAAAUAAAUCAUAUUUUGAAUCAACGAUUAGACAAAAUCCUGAUUUAUAUGGUCCAUUUUGGGUUUGUGUUACUUUUAUAUUAACAGUAGCAAUCAGUGGAAAUAUAGUGAAUUAUUUUCAUCUGCCUGAUGUUGAAUUUCAAAUUGAUUUUUCUCGAAUAACUUUAUCAGCAAUUCUUGUUUGCCUCUAUUGGUGGUUAAUGCCAACAUUUAUUUAUUUUUUCUUUCGUUGGCAUCUUAAUCGUAUUGAAUAUACAUUCCUUGAAUUACUUUGUAUUUAUGGUUAUAGUUUAACUAUAUUUAUUCCAGUAUCUAUUCUAUGGAUUAUACCAAUUAAUUGGUUACAAUGGACAUUAACAUUAAUUGCAUCAUUAAUAAGUGGUAGUGUUUUAGUUGUUACAUUUUGGCCAACAAUUAAUUCGGAUUAUAAACGUUUUAGUGCUGUAUCAAUGUUAGUCGUUCUUUUAGCACAUUUAUUAAUGGCAAUUUGUAUUAUGUUUGUUUUCUUUCAUAUAUCUGAUAAUAAUUUUAAACCAAAAGUAGAAACAACAACAAUUUUAACAACAAUUCGAUCUUCAUCUCCGUUAUCAUCAACAACAACAACAACCACAAAAGGUUAA